CGCGGAUCCAAACCAAAAGAAAAGUACACGGAUCGAUCAAAGAGAGGGACAAAGAGGGAGAGAGAUUAACAGAAGAAGAAGAAGAAGAAGAAGAAGAAGAAGAAGAAGAAGAGAUGGGAAAUACCUUAUGUGGGUUAUGUACAUGUAUAGACCAAGCAAGCGUAGGGGUGGUGGAAAGAUGGGGUAGAUUUGAGAAAUUAGCGGAACCUGGAUUCCAUUUCUUCAACCCUAUUGCCGGUGAAUGGCUUGCCGGAGUUCUCUCCACCAGAAUCAACUCUCUUGAUGUCCGCAUCGAGACCAAAACCAAGGACAAUGUCUUUGUGCAACUCCUUUGCUCGAUUCAAUACCGAAUAGUCAAAGCGAAUGCUGAUGAUGCAUUCUAUGAAUUACAAAACCCCAAAGAACAGAUUCAAGCUUAUGUCUUUGAUGUGGUGCGAGCUCAGGUUCCAAAAAUGACGUUGGAUGAGCUCUUUGAACAAAAGGGUGAUGUUGCCCAAGCUGUAUUGGUAGAACUGGAAAAGGUGAUGGGAGCGUAUGGAUAUAACAUAGAGCACAUACUGAUGGUUGAUAUAAUCCCUGAUACUUCAGUCCGUAAAGCCAUGAAUGAGAUAAAUGCAGCACAAAGGCUUCAGCUUGCUAGCGUCUACAAAGGAGAGGCAGAGAAGAUACUCCAAGUGAAGAAAGCCGAAGCAGAGGCAGAGGCCAAGUACCUUGGUGGUGUUGGUGUGGCCAGGCAGCGUCAAGCAAUCACAGAAGGUCUAAGAGACAACAUCUUGAACUUUUCCCACAAGGUGGAGGGCACUUCAGCAAAGGAGGUGAUGGAUCUUAUCAUGAUCACCCAGUACUUUGACACAAUCAAGGACCUUGGGAACUCUUCGAAGAACACCACAGUAUUCAUACCACAUGGCCCUGGUCAUGUCAGGGAUAUUGGCGACCAGAUACGCAAUGGGAUGAUGGAGGCGGCUGCCAGUGCUCCGGUUGACGGGGGACCUGCUUCUCUGUUAGGUCUGCCCUGAUAGUUUCUCAUAUUAGUUACCAUACCCAUUAUGUGUAUAAAUAUGAGCAACCUUAGAAAAUAAAGAAAUUUUGGGCUGCGUUGGUAUCACUCGUCAGAUUUUCCUUCUUCCCUUUUUACAUAUAGUACUUGUAAAUGUGAUAACAAUUUCUGUACAACCCUUGUGCCUAAGACUAGUCAAUGUUCGUUCUUUUUGAAUGGAGGAUUUGUUACAACUCUCUUCUA